CACCACAAAGCACCUUAUCUUGACCGAAAGUACAUAGCCACCCCAGGGAUAUCCCAUUCGUAUACACAUCAGAACAGCUACCAGGUUUCCUGUUCUCUUUCUUAGUCAUAUCAAAAAGGUCCAGCCAGAAUGAAGAUCAAAACCAUCAGUAGGUCAUCAGAUGCCUAUGUUCCAGUUAGAAACACCCAGGAGUCCGCUCUUCCCAGAAAUCUCAACCCUGCGCUCCAUCCGUUCGAAAGAGCCAGAGAGUAUACCAAAGCAUUGACAGCCACCAAGAUGGAAAGAAUGUUUGCCCAACCAUUUGUGGGUCAGUUGGGAGACGGCCACCGUGAUGGGGUGUACUCGAUUGCCAAAAACUUCUCCACUACCAACCAGGUCGCUUCUGGAUCUGGUGACGGUGUCAUAAAAUACUGGAGUUUGACUUCGAGACAAGAAACCAUCAGUUUCAAGGCACAUUAUGGUAUGGUCAGUGGAUUAGUGGUGACGCCAGAUGCCAGCCAUAUGUUGUCGUGUGGUGACGAUAAGACUGUCAAGUUGUGGUCCGUCAACACAGACAAGUUCAACCAUAACAUCACGGACGAGCAAAUAUACGAAACCAAGGACAGUGGGCUCGUGAAAACCUUCCUCGGAGAGCAUGCAUUCAAGGGUAUUGACCAUCACCGUGAAGAAGAGACGUUUGUCACUGGUGGUGCUGCUAUCCAGUUGUGGGACAUGAACAGAACAAGAUACAUCAGUAAUCUCACCUGGGGAGCAGACAACGUCAACACCGUCAAGUUCAACAAGACCGAAACCAACAUCAUAGCAUCUGCAGGGUCUGAUAAUUCUAUUGUUUUGUACGACAUUAGAACCAACUCGCCUAUCCAGAAGGUGGUGACCAGCUUGAGGACCAACGCCCUUGCCUGGAACCCCAUGGAAGCAUUCCACUUUGUCAGUGGAGGAGAAGAUCAUAACGCAUACCUCUGGGACAUGAGAAACCUCAACAAGUCAUUCAACGUCUACAAGGACCACGUAGCACCUAUCAUGGACGUUGACUUUUCUCCAACCGGUGAAGAGGUUGUUACAGGAGGUUACGACAAGACCAUCCGGAUCUUCAGAGCUAGAGACGGACAUUCCAGAGACAUAUACCAUACCAAGAGAAUGCAGAGGGUGUUUAGCGUGAAGUUCACCACCGAUGCCAGAUAUAUCUUGAGUGGAAGUGACGACACCAACAUCAGGUUGUGGAGAACCAAUGCUUCAGACAGAGCCGGAGUCAAGUCCACCAGACAAAGAAACAAGAUGGAGUACGACGCUGCCUUGAAGGAGAGAUACAAGCACAUGCCUGAGAUCAAGCGUAUCUCCAGACACCGUCAUCUUCCAUCUACCGUGAAGAAGGCCAAGGAGAUAAAGGCCACCGAGAUGGAAAGCAUGAAGAAGAGAGAACAAAAUGAUAGAAGACACAGCAAGCCUGGUACUAAGAAGGUGGUUCCCGACAGAGAGAAGCACAUCCGGGGGACUGCAUUGAAGGACGAGUAAGUAGUGUCAGAGUCAGUAUAGAUAAGUAAUUAGUAAUUAAUGAUUCACUGGGUGCAAUUGAGAAUAAAGUAAAAAUAC